GCGCGGAGCCGGCGGGACCUGGGCUGGCGCAGGCGGGAGCUGAGGUGGCUGCGUUAGCGCGCUGGGGAACCCCUGCCCUCUUCGCGGAGAGUGGCUGCUAGCGGGGACUGAAGGCCGGGAGCCCACCCUGGCCCGCGUCGGUGCCCGGGGCUAGCGUGCGGCCCUAGAGUCGAGUGGGGCAAGGGAGCCGGUGGCCGCCGAGGCGGGACCGGGAAACUUUUCUGGGCUCCUAGGCGCGCUCUGUAGCCGCGCUCCAUGCUCCGGCCGCGGUCCGAACCCCAGACCCGCCGCUGACGGCGCCCUCCGCUCCGGGCAGGGCCCAUGCCCUGCGCGCUCCGGGGGUAGUAGGCUGCCGCCGAGCCGGGGCUCCGGGAGCCGGCGGGGGCGCCGCGGCUGUGCGGGGCGUCAAUGGAUCGCCACUCCAGCUACAUCUUCAUCUGGCUGCAGCUGGAGCUCUGCGCCAUGGCCGUGCUGCUCACCAAAGGUGAAAUUCGAUGCUACUGUGAUGCUGCCCACUGUGUAGCCACUGGUUAUAUGUGUAAAUCUGAGCUCAGCGCCUGCUUCUCUAGACUUCUUGAUCCUCAGAACUCAAAUUCCCCACUCACCCAUGGCUGCCUGGACUCUCUUGCAAGCACGGCAGACAUCUGCCAAGCCAAACAGGCCCGAAACCACUCUGGCACCACCAUGCCCACAUUGGAAUGCUGUCAUGAAGACAUGUGCAAUUACAGAGGACUGCACGAUGUUCUCUCUCCUCCCAAGGGUGAGGCCUCAGGACAAGGAAACAGGUAUCAGCAUGAUGGUAGCAGAAACCUUAUCACCAAGGUGCAGGAGCUGACUUCUUCCAAAGAGUUGUGGUUCCGGGCCGCAGUCAUUGCUGUGCCCAUUGCUGGAGGGCUGAUUUUAGUGUUGCUUGUUAUGUUGGCCCUGAGGAUGCUUAGAAGUGAAAACAAGAGGCUGCAGGAUCAGCGGCAACAGAUGCUCUCCCGUUUGCACUACAGCUUUCACGGACACCAUUCCAAGAAGGGGCAGGUUGCAAAGUUAGACUUGGAAUGCAUGGUGCCGGUCAGUGGGCACGAGAACUGCUGUCUGACCUGUGAUAAAAUGAGACAAGCAGACCUCAGCAAUGAUAAGAUCCUCUCGCUCGUUCACUGGGGCAUGUACAGUGGGCACGGGAAGCUGGAAUUCGUAUGACCCAGUCUUAUCUGAACUACACUUCUUGAACGCUUGAAGGCCUUUUGAGUUCUGCUGGACAGGAGCACUUUAUCUGAAAACAAACUCAUUUAAUCAUCUUUGAGAGACAAAAUGACCUCUGCAAACAGAAUCUUGGAUAUUUCUUCUGAAGGAUUAUUUGCACAGACUUAAAUACAGUCAAAUGUGUUAUUUGCUUUAAAAUUAUAGAAAGCAAAGAGAAGACUUUGUACACACUGUCACCAGGGUUAUUUGCAUCCGAGGGAGAUGGAAUUGAGUACCUAAAUAAACAAAAAUGUGCCCUAUGUAAGCUUCUACAUCUUGAUUUAUUGUAAAGAUUUAAAAGAAAUAUAUAUAUUUUGUCUGAAA